AUGCAUACUAUUGAAUUUUGCUAUUUUCCAGCUACCAACAAUCCUGGUAUUUCUCUGCAAUUGUCUGCCAUCAAACUUCUUACUGGAAAUAAUUUUGAAGAAUGGUUUGAGUCCUUUAACGUGCAUAUGACUCUGCAAAAUCUGGACUUGGCUUUGAGGGUUGAUGAGCCAAGUAAGCCCACUGAUGUGAGCUCUGCAGAUGAGAGAUUAUUUUAUGAAAAAUGGGAGCACUCCAACAGGAGUUGUUUGAUGGUGAUGAAAUACACUAUAGAUAAAUCUAUCAAAGAAUGCGGGCCAAAGACGGAAAAGGACAAAGACUUCUUGGAAUAUGUGAAGGCCAAUUAUACCAAAGUUGAUAAGGCAGAAAUGGCAACUCAUUUGAAGCUUCUCACAACUACUGUAUAUGAUGGAGUUAGUGGGGUUAGAGAUCAUAUCAUCAAGUUAAGGCACUACUUCAACAAGGCAAAUGAGAUGAAAGUGGAGUUGGGUGAAAAUUUUCUGAAAUGGUUGAUACUUAAGUCUCUUCCUGUUUCCUUUAAUGCAGUGAAGUUGACUUACAAUGCCUUGAAGGAAUAA